ACCCAGCCUUGUAUCAACUGAUGACACAGGACUGGAGAUAGGGAGGUGGGAGAAGAAUCAUUGGAAGAGGAGGGAGUGAGCGACUGGGAAAAUAGGGAGUUGGCUUAGAAAAAGGGAGGGUCUGAGAGACAGAAGCUAGCAAAUAAUUUAGUAGAGAGAUGGCUGAUGUGAGCGAGGUUUUGAUGUCGGUUCUGUCCACUAUUCGGGUUCCGAGGCCCGGAGAUCGUGUCCACAAAGACGAAUGCGCCUUCUCUUUUGCAAACCCGGAGGCAGAAGGUGGUCUAUAUGUGUGUAUGAACAGUUUCCUUGGCUUUGGUGCUCAGUAUGUGGAAAGACAUCACAAUAAGACUGGCCAGCGGGCGUAUCUGCACAUCAAGCGCACUCGUAAAGCACAGACAGAUGAGGACACAAAUUCUGACUCACCAAAAAAGAAGCCGACACGGUUGGCUAUUGGGAUAGAAGGAGGAUUUGAUGUAGAGCAGGAGCAGUAUGAGGAAGAAGUCAAGGUUGUCCUCUUUCCCGACAAACAGGAAGUGACUUUGGAGGACCUGACGACCAUGCCCGAUGUUGUGAGAGAGCGGGUGUCCCUGUCCAUGGCGGGGCUGAUGUCGGCAGACUCGGUGGGCCACGCCCUGCAGGUGCAGCAGUGGGAUGGCGAGGUGCGGCAGGAGUCCCGGCACGCGGCCGCGCUGAGCCAGCUGGACAACGGCGUCAAGAUCCCUCCCAGUGGGUGGAAGUGUGAUAUGUGUGGCUUGGAGGAAAACCUGUGGAUGAAUCUCUCAGAUGGGAAGGUGCUCUGUGGGCGCAGAUACUUUGAUGGCACUGGGGGCAACAAUCACGCUCUCCUGCACUUCCAGCAGACUGGAUACCCCCUAGCCGUAAAACUGGGUACUAUUACCCCCGAUGGAGCAGAUGUGUACUCUUAUGAGGAAGAUGACAUGGUUCUGGACUCGAAGUUACCAGAACACCUGGCUCACUUCGGCAUUGAUAUGAUGACCAUGGAGAAGACAGAGAGCACGAUGGCGGAGCUGGAGAUCGCGGCAAACCGGCGCGUGGGGGAGUGGGAGGUGAUCCAGGAGUCGGGGGCCAUGCUGCAGCCCCUGACGGGCCCCGGCCUCACCGGGAUGAGGAACCUGGGGAACAGCUGCUACCUCAACUCGGUCAUGCAAGUGCUCUUCACCGUGCCAGACUUCCAGCACAAGUAUGUCUCCAACAUCGAAAAGAUUUUUGCCAACGCUCCAAGCGAUCCCACACAGGACUUCAAAACGCAAGUGGCAAAGUUGGGCCACGCUUUGUUGUCAGAAGAAUAUUCUAAACCUACCUGUGACUCUGAAGAUGACCCCAGUGGUUAUCAGGUCGGCAUAGCGCCACGAAUGUUCAAAGCAUUAAUUGGUCGAGGACACCCUGAGUUCUCCACCAAUCGGCAGCAAGAUGCUCAGGAGUUUUUUCUGCACUUCAUUAACAUGGUGGAGCGGAAUUGUCGUUAUGGGGAAAAUCCCUCGGAGGCCUUUCGCUUCCUGGUGGAGGAAAGGAUCGUGUGUCAGCAGUCAAACAGAGUCAAGUACACACAGAGGGUGGACUACAUCAUGCAGUUACCUGUGCCAAUGGAACAAGCCACCAAUGCAGAUGAGCUGCAGGAGGCGGAGCAAAAGCGUGUGGAGGCGGAGGCUGCUGGCGUGCCCCCGCCUCCCGCCCCCAGGGCUUCUAUUCCAUUUGAAGCCUGUCUGGCUGCCCUGAGUGAACCCGAGACUCUGAUGGACUUCUGGAGCUCAGCUGUCCAGGCUAAGACCACUGCCAGCAAAACAACCCACUUUGCCUCCUUCCCGGAUUAUCUCGUCAUCCAGAUCAAGAAGUUCACCUUUGGCCUGGAUUGGAUACCUAAGAAGCUUGAUGUGAGUAUUGAUGUGCCUGAAACACUGGAUCUGAGUUCGCUCAGAGGGACGGGGCUACAGCCAGGGGAGGAGGUGCUUCCGGAGGUGGCCCCGCCUCCUCUCAUGACCCCCGACGUGGAGGUCAAAGGUAUCCUGGGCUCCCACGGCAACGAGGAUGACGACUCGCUCUACUCCCCACUGCUGUCCCCUGUAAUGGAUGACUCCAUAGUGUCCCAGCUGUGUGAGAUGGGCUUCCCCCUGGAGGCCUGCAGAAAGGCAGUCUACUGCACUGGGAACACUGGGAUCGAUGCAGCCAUGAACUGGGUGAUGGGUCACAUGGAUGACCCAGACUUCUCCGCCCCCAUGGUGUUGCCGUGCGGCAGCUCGGCGCCGGGGUCCACGCCCACCGAAACGAUAUCCGAGGAUCACUUGGCAACCAUCGUCUCCAUGGGUUUUGGCCGAGAUCAGGCCACGCGAGCACUGCGGGCCGCGAGCAAUGUUCUGGAGCGGGCCGUGGACUGGAUCUUCUCCCACCUGGACGACCUGGAGUCCAUGGAUGUGUCGGAGGGGGGGCGUUCUGCCGCGGAGAGCGAGGGCGGCAGGGAGCCCCCCCCUGGACCCCGCGUGAGGGACGGAGAUGGAAAGUAUGAGCUGUUUGCCUUCAUCAGUCACAUGGGAACAAGUACCAUGUGUGGUCACUACGUCUGCCACAUCAAGAAGGACCAGCAGUGGGUGAUCUUCAAUGACCAGAAGGUAUGUGCCUCUGAGAAGCCCCCCAUGGACCUGGGAUACCUAUACUUCUACCAGAGAGUGGCUGAGUGAGAGAGAGGGGAGAGAGAUACCUGUACUUGUACAGGAGAGUGGCUGAGUGAGAGAGAGGGGAGAGAGAUACCUGUACUUGUACAGGAGAUUGGGUGAGUGAGAGAGAUACCUGUACUUGUACAGGAGAUUGGGUGAGUGAGAGAGAUACCUGUACUUCUACCAGAGAGUGGUUGAGUGAGAGAGAGGAGAGAGAGAUACCUGUACUUCUACAGGAGAGUGGCUGAGUGAGAGAGAGGGGAGAGAGAUACCUGUACUUCUACAGGAGAGUGGCUGAGUGAGAGAGAGGGGAGAGAGAUACCUGUACUUCUACAGGAGAGUGGCUGAGUGAGAGAGAGGGGAGAGAGAUACCUGUACUUGUACAGGAGAUUGGGUGAGUGAGAGAGAUACCUGUACUUCUACCAGAGAGUGGUUGAGUGAGAGAGAGGAGAGAGAGAUACUUGUACUUGUACAGGAGAUUGGGUGAGUGAGAGAGAUACCUGUACUUCUACAGAGUUACUGAGAUACCUGUAGUUCAACAGGAACAUGACAAAGUGAGAGAGUGAGAGAUAUACCUGUACCUUUAUAUCAGAAUGACUGAGAGAAACCUAUCCCUGUGGGAGAGUACCUCACUAAAUGACAAAUACCAUCUAUAGGAGUGACUGAAUGCAAGAGAGGGGGGCGAGAGACUGGUACUCUCAUUUAGUUUGAGAAAGAGGUUAGAGGUACCUGUACCUCUACGGAAGAGUGACAGUGUGAGUUAGAGGACUGAGAGGGACCUGUGCUUCUGUUGUAAUGAAUGAGCAAGAGAGAGGGGUUGUGACAGAAGAGGAGCUCUGAGGCAGAAAGGAAGGAAGAGAUGCAAAUGGAACAGAUCUAAUCGUACGACUGGCACACACACAAGCGAGUGGCAGGUUAGAGGGAGGGAUGGAUGGACAGUAGGAGGUGUCCACCCUUUGUCACACCUCACUGACAUGCCUCUCUCAUGCCUCUAUCUCUUGUCUCUAUUGCCCCCCCCCCCUUCCCAAAAAAACUCAUCAGCUCUCCAAACUCAACCUCUCUGUUCCUCUCCCCCCUGGGCAGCAGCUUUUGUGUUGUGUUAUAGCUGCUUCAGCCAAUUAAGUUCCUGCUCUCCCCUAUGAGAUAUAUAUUUAAAAAACCACUGACCAGAAAAAUUAAAAAUGAAAACUGAAUCCACUGUACACACUGUACAUGCACACUUCAGACAAAGCAGUGCUGCUUCUUCUGGCAAAUGUGGUAUGAAAGAGUGAUAACAAUGAGAAAGAGUGUGUUGCUGUGUCCCCCAUGCUGUGAAAAAUAAAAAUGUAUCUCUUCCUUGAA